AUGGUGAUCGAUAUUAAAAUGUGCCGUUUCGAGAAUGUGCCUUGGGGGUUUCGUUUAGUGGGCGGUGCAGAUUUCGAAUUUCCGCUGACGGUCGUUAAGGUCAACGAGGGCAGCAUUGCUGAGGAGGCUGGAAUGCGUGAAGGUGACGUUAUUGUGCGCAUUAAUGACACCGCCACUUCUCCACUCUCGCACGAUGAGGCAGACAAAGUUAUAAGGCAUUGUGGAAAUGUAUUCUACAUCGGUGUGCAACGUGAAGGCGAGGAUGAAUUGGUGCCGAAGAUGUUUCCAGUUUUGGGUCUCGAACGUUCUCCUACCCCCCAAGAUUUUCUCGAUGUGAGUGGACGUAAAAGUCCUUUACCCCGUCAGUUAGAGGAUUCCGCAGAAUCACCAACCGAAUAUUUAUCCGAUUUGCCGGAACGCCCAUCUUCGGUACUCUCAGAACAAACGGAAAUUAAGUUGGUAGAAGAAGAAAUUGCAGCAGUGCUUUCUGGUGAAUCAGAGGUUCUUAAGGAGCACAACGUAAUUGGCGUAAAUUUCUAUAGAAUAUUUCCCAAGCCGGGUGUAUGUAUGACAAGCGAUGUAUUGCGGACUCUCAAUGCGGACGCCACGAAAACUAAAGCAGAAAAGGAUAAAGAAAAUAAAAAGUGGUCGACUUUUCUAGUGAAACCUGAUCGUCCCGUACCGAAAAGUAAGGAACAAAUCGAAGCAGAGCGUAGAGCGGCUAAUGCAUACAAAGUGAAGAUUGUCGUGUCAAGAUCACGUUCGCCAUCGCCGAUGCCGCAGCCGCCAGAGGCAAUACAUCCAGUGGAAACAAAGCCCUCGACAGUCAUAGAAAAGCAACCGUCACCGCCAAAAUUUGAGGAAGUUGAAGAACCGCCACCAAAGGACAGUGAGUUGCCCAAUUUGGAAGAAGUAAAAAUUGUAGUAGAGCCACCAGCUGAGGAGAACGAGCAACCACAAGUAGAGGUAGAAAAUCAGCUAAAAACGAUGGAGGAUAGCAUUGUGGAAAGCAAGGAGGAAGUGCAGGAAACUAAGAGAGAACUUUCCCCACCAAACGAAACGACAGCACCGCCACCAUCAGCAGUCGAACAGAGCGCUGAGGAGUCUGCCACCACUAAAACAACAAAUGCAUCCGCUGAACCCAACGUCCCAGAGUUACAACAACGCGAAAAAACCGAAGAAGAGCUUGCACUCGAACGGCAACUUGCCGAUGUGCAACGUCAACUGGCUGCACUCUCCUCACUGCCAUCCACCAUUCAAGCCACACUCGAUUCAGUUACAAAGCAGUUGGCGACACUGUUGCCAGCUUUCCAAUUGCAGACAGUGACGACUCAAGCGCAGCGGGUAGACACUUCAGUUGCAGCCGAGACUCGAUCUAUAAGUUUGGAAAAGAUUGAGGAAAUCACUGAAGUGACAAAAACACAAGAAGCACCCAAUCCGGACUCUACCUGCACUAAGGGCGAUAUCGUAACUACUGAACCGGUUACUGUUGAAGCAAAAGAAAAUGCCAAUACUGCAGUUUCUGCUUUGGAUGAUGUGAAGAAACAGGAGGCAAGGCAAAAUAAAGAGGAUAUGCAAAUAAUGGAAGAGGAGCAGAAUGCGAAAAAACAAAAGCGUAACGAUGUCAUUGAGGAGCUCGAAGAGCAGUUGGAACGUAAAAACAAUCCACGUCGUUCGAAACGUGCCUUUGGGCCAUUAACACCAUCCUCGGAACGGCCACUAGUAUUGCCCGGUGGUAGGCGUUGGUAUCGGCCCAAAGAUGCUUACAAUGAUGAAUUUAUAGCGGAAACAUUAAGUGCACAAGCGGAACUCAUAACUGGCACAACAUUGGGUUGUACUUUUGAAAGUCCAUUGCUCGGCUACGAUCCAAGAGUCAACUUCAUGAAGUAUCAAAAGCCUGAAAAGAAAAUCGACUUGAAUAGAAGUGAAGUUUACAAAGUAAUUCAUCACUUGGACCGACAGCCAGUGCGCGGCAUUGAAGUUCGGCCACCCGUGGUGCCGGCUGAAGUGGAUAUAAGAAAGGUGGCAUUGCAACCGUAACUUGCCACACCCGGUAGCCUUUACGCGCGGAUGGCACACAAGCGUGUAAUGCGAGAUGUAUGUAUGUAUGUAAAGCUAAACUCCAGCUGGAAUGUGUACGCAUGCUAAUAUCAAAACCAUGUUUUCGCUAAACUCAACAACUUUGGUAGGAUGAACAAGGGGCAAAAACCGCAAACCGCAAGCUGAUGCGUACACCAGCAAAACAACCAAACAGCCAGCCAUUUUCAUGCGAGUAUUCGCGACUAGAAACCUCAAAUACCCAGAUGCCUUGUGUGUCCUGCGCCAAUGCAGAAUUCUAAUUUAACUUUCAUGUAGUUGCAGAUUUUUUUUCUUCAUGUUGAUAC